AUGUGGCACACAGGGCUAGGGAAAAACUAUGGUCUUCGAGCUGAAAUGAGUAUAUGGGGUUCGCCAGAUCAACAAUACUCUCAAGAGUCUGGAGCAGCCAUACAGAUGUACUGUGAAGAUGCGGGACAUUACAGCUUAAUUGAAGCUGGAUUUCAUGUUUCCCCGUCUUUGUACCAUAAUAGAGAUGUUCGCUUCUUUACAUACUCGACGAAAGAUACUACAUCAGCGGGAUGCUACAACUCAGAUUGUGCGGGAUUCGUUCCUGCAAAAGGAGCCGCGCUAGUGCCUGGCCAAGCAGUUGCUCCUCCCUCAAUUUAUGGCGAAGCUGACCACUACGCCAGGAUUAGCUUAAACGAGGAUCCAAACUCUGGAGAUUGGGUGUUGUACCGGCAUGAUUUAGACGAACCAUCAUUCUUGGGGCAUUUUCCAAGGGAGCUUUGCCCAACAAAUUCACGCAUACAAGCACUAACUGGAUUCGUGAAUUACCUCAAGACUACAUCGGGUCCUCCAAUGGGUAGCGGUCACUUUCCUGAAGACAAGGACGCAAAGAGAUCGGCGUACUUCAAGCAUGUCAAGAUGUACGACUCCAAGGGUCAUGCAUGGGACCCGCAUACCACACGAGUGUUCGAUGUAGUUGACAAGCCGGACUGCUACCGAGCAACUGGGUUACUUAUUGACUUCAAUAUGGGCUACACGUUUUACUACGGUGGACCAAGUGGUUGUGUUGGUUGA